CAUGGAGAAACACGGGAGAUCGCUAUAAAGGAAAGGUAGACUCUGAAGUCGGCUAGAGACACCUUCUCCGGUGGAAGAGUUCCAGAGGUCACUUAUGAACUGGCAAAACAACAUUCGGUCACCAACUAAAAGAAUGGCUGUUCUUGUAGCUCCUAUCAAACGAUAGGUGGUCUCAUAAGGUCACACGGAUUGGGUUUCUUUUAGUUGCUAUAUCGGUGGAGAAGAAAAUCUAAGGUACUUCCAUGAUGGGACACAAGACCAACCAAGAAAAUAGUAGUGGAAUGUCGACCAACGUUCGAGCGAGCGUUAGAGUGAGAAGAUCUCGCGAGAAGGUUUUCCCUGUGGCAUCCUAUAUAUAUAUAGUAAAAAUAUAGUAAAAAAAGAUCCGCUUAUUCCGCUCAACGCGCUAUUUGACAGAAGAAGUUUCGCUGGGCUGUCUAUCUCACUGAUAAUGAAGUAGGCUUUCCUGCUUUUCUUUCAUAAUCUUCAACCGACCUUGUUGAAAGUCGAGUGAUCCCCCAACUCAUCUCAAAUUCUUAGAUGAAAUAGAAAUGGAGCUAUUUUGCCCGAUGGUGAGCCUACCACUUAGAAAUAGGCACUGAACCGAGAAGACUGGAUUCGAUUGCCUACCUAUCCCGACCCUACUCAACUGGGGCCGUGAACUAUGAAAAGCCGCCGGGCAGACAAAAAAGUUCAAAAGCGAUUGAACGAAGUCGCUCCGGUCGAAAUGGUUUGGAUGCAGAUGAGGGAGAGGCGGUGGAGCAAAGUUCCAAGAUUCAACCGCACUCCUGGUCGGAUCUGGUCCAGGAUAAGGAUUUUAACAAUGAAUAUCAGGAAGAUGACCCCCGUGAGUGCCCGUGGAUGCAGGAUGCAGUCAUGCAAAAGGAUAAGGUCAUAUUACCCCAGCCCAGGAAGUUUUAGCACAAGGCUCUAGUGGAGACGCAGCCUUAUUGGGAAAUUACUGCCUAUGUUGGAGUAUGUGGAGGAGCAGCCAAGGAGCCUGUGGCGAGCGAAAGGGAAUGUGGCACUCGUGGACCUGAGCCAUAGUUACUUCGUUAUCAGAUUUCACUAGAAGUAAGAUAUGAUGGAUGAAGGCCUGGACCGGAGUACCAUGGAAAAGAAACCUAAAUAUCUGGUUCUGAAAAGGUGGACACCGUCGGCCGGAAACAGCAGUAUUGCAUAAGGCUCCGGUUUGGAUAAUCUUUCCUGGACUCCCGGUCGAAUAAAGGCGACCGGAUAUUCUUUCUUCUUUGGCUAGUCGAGUGGGGGAGUCCGAUCCAAGAGCAUAAAGCUAAGCUAAAAAAGAGGUCCUAUGCAAGGUGGAGAUCGACUUGCAGAAGUCUCUCACGCCGGGGAUCUUUAUAGGAGUGACAGGGGGAAGGGCGUAGCAUAGUAAUAUACUAAUAUAACUAAAAACAUUGUGAAAAGACUUUUACGAGAAGAGAAGGUUUUCUUGAAAACGUUCGAAAAAGAAAGUCAAAAAUCUUUCUUUGUUUCAACCCUGCUCCUGGUGUUCGAACUAGUCAUUAAUGGUCGGCAACAUGGCUUUUUCGGUAUGCGUUGCGCACACUUUCAUUUUUAGCGUCUAAUCUUCUAGCUAAAAUAGAACGGAUAGAACAGAUGGUCCAACUACUUAACUUCUUCUUUUUCAUUACUUCCAUGGUCGUGCCUCGUGGCACGGCAGCACCCGUACUAUUUCAAUUGUUCGUCAGUAGAGAUGUUCCCACUGGUGCCCCUUCCUCCAAUGGUACUCUAAUUCCUAUUCUGAUCCCUGAAUUCCCUUUUUUGGUAUAUCUACAUUCCAGGAAAUUCAUACGCUCCAUGGACAGAGCAAAAAGUGGAGUGUUGGUCAGAGCAAGCCGCCCUAUUCUAUUCACAGACAUAAUUGGGAGAAGCUCAUCCGCUAGAAAUGCUUUAUUUCGUUUCGUUCCCGUUCUUAAUUUCCUGAUUAUCAAAUUCAUGGGGGACUUGUCAUAUUUAGAAUCUUUCUGCGGUCUGUCCUGUUUACAAUUCUUUCGUACUAUCUUCUCUUUACCACGCGAUAGGUCAGCGAAGCGUGAGCGGAGAAGGAAACGCCAAACACUUCGGCCUAACGGGAAUGAGCAACGACGAAAUGACAAGAUGAGGUGCCCGGGGUACCCCUAUAUAGAAAGAGAAAGAAGGGUCGAAGGUUUUGGGCCUGUAGCUUUCCCCGUCCCCCCUUCGUCGAGUGGUGCUUGUUUGGGGGGUGUGCCACCAGAAAUCGGGCUUGAAGCUCUCGCCUUACCAACGAGCCGACUGCUGAUGGCUGUUGGUCACGACUACUACAAAAAAGUGAAGAUUCAUCUGCCUAUUUCACAUGUAGGAGUGUGCAUCUUUCUGUUGGGUGUUCUUCUGUCGUGCGACCCGGUGGCUGAUGUGCGACCUGUGGCCCACGCCUCCUAUUUUUUCAGGGCGGGCGGCGUGAACUCUGAUUUGAUCCGUAUUCAAUCCCGCCGCUGAGAUGCUCAGUUGAUUCCUUAACCUUGAUA